AUGUCGAGGCUCGAACGAAGAGCCAUGACGCGGCACAGACCCAACAAUUCUGGCGGAUCCAUCAGCAGCAGCUCCGACGGCAGCUCGUUCGAUGGCACUGCCUCGGGCGAGGAGCGCGCUACCUCCGUCGGUGGGUCGUGGCGGAUGGCAAGAAAGGCAUCCGAGCCAAACUCACCACUCAGCGCCAGGCUCCCACUGCCGGCAGAAAAGGGCUACUUUGACGCCCCCAGCAUGGCGAGGAUGGAGAGCCACGACAGCUACCGCAUGCCCUGGUCGUCGCGCAAGUCCGAGGACGACAGCGACCCGGACUGGGACGAGGGCUUCUCGUGCUCCCUCGCCCACGACUUCGACCGCCUCCGCCGCGAGACCGAACAGCACGCCGCCACCAACCCAUCCGUCACGCUGCAGAACCGCCACAUGUGGCUCGACUCGCACUUUGACCGCCUGACGAUGAAGUACCGCUCGCAGCCGGGCGGCAAGAGGGCCGGCGACCGCGGCGGCCAAAGCAGCGGCAGCAGCCCCAACACCAGGGACAACAGGUCCGCGGCAGCGGCGGGCUCCAAGCCUCACUUCCUCGAUCUGAGCUCCAUCAUCUCUCCCGUGCCGCUCGACAUCACCACACCGCCGGCAUCGCAGCAAACGAACCCGGACGCCGGCCUCGAUACCGUCACCCCCAAGCCAUCCUUCGCCCAGCGCUUCGCCUCGACCGACGGCCAGGGCAAUGCUCGCUUCGGCAACGAGCUUAGAGCGGCGCGCCAGCCGCUGCAGCCCUGCUUCGGACCCAACAUGGUCCUCGCCGUCGGCAGCGCGUCCAGCGGUCCCACCAGCCGAAGCCUCAAGCUCAAGGCGUCGCAGGACAGCCUGCGCAGCGCCGCUGUGUCGCCGACGACGUCGACGUUUCCGCGCCCGGCCCUCCGCAGCCGCCGCAGCUUCGACAACCCUGCCGAGGUCCGCCGGAGGCAGAGGGACGAGCUGGAAAUGCAGAACGUCUUUGUCGUCGACGAGAACAUGGGGGGCGCAGGGGUGCCGCAGCUGCCAGACUGGGCGCGCCACCAGAACCGCGCCAACCAGGCGCUCCCGUCGAGCAUGCACGCCAAGAAGUCGUCCGACCCUUUCCGCGACGACCAGGGCAUCGCCAGCGCGGUCCCACUCGGCCUGCGCGCCUCGCCCAUGUCACGGGGCGUCAGCCACGACACGGCCAUGGCCAACCCGCCGACGCCGACGCGGUCUCGGCUGGGCACGCGGGCAUCGAGCGGCGCCCUGCGCAUCCGUGCGGACAGGUCGGCGAUGCCUGAAGCCUACCCGACGGACCUCUACUCUCCUAUAUCGCCCUCGUUCCCGCCGCCGCCUCCGAUGCUGCCGAUGCUCUCGUCGUCGCGGGCUUCCUGCGGCUCGUCGACCGGCUCCGACUCGAUGCCGCCCACGCCCAGCUCGGCGACCUUCAUCCGGCCGCUGGUCAACAUCACCCCGCCUCGAACCUCUACCAAGCCGUCGGACGGCCACCCGGUCGUCGCGUCGCCGCAGGAGAAGGAUUAUCAGCGGACGAUGAUGGCGCACCACUCGCACUCGCACCUCCCUCCUCACGCUGCCCGCGCUCGGUCGCCGUCGACGAGCAGCACCGACGAGGCCGAGGCGGUGGCUUGGUCUCGCAGCCGGGCGCACCUCAACGUGACGCCGCGCGCUGCCAAGGUGCCGCUGCACCACCGCCCCCCGAUGGCGCAGCACAGCAACAGCUACUCGCCGGGAGACCACCACGCCCACGCCUUGAUGUCGCCGCCGAGGAGCUCGAGCCUGCGACGCAAUCUGUCCGAGGCGGGCGAGGCCUCGGGUGCCGCCGUGGUUGCCUCCGAACUCCCAUAUGCAGACGAGCGGGACCAGCAGCAGCACGGGCGCCCCGAUCAGCUGCACAGCUCGUGGGGGUCCGAGAGCCACUACUCGAAUUCGGCCGAAGACGAUGCUGGUUCGGCGUACAUGUCCGCCGUCGAACAGCCGUCCGCCGAGCGGCCCGUGACGCCGCCCUCCUCGGGCGGCCGCGGUGUCGCUCUUGGUGCUGGUGCGGUCGCUGCUGCUGCUGCUGAUGCCGCUGCUGGCGUCAUGAACUCGAGGUGGAGCCCACCGACGCCCGUGUUGCAGUCGGCGUCGAUCUAUGGUCGGGGCCGGGCCAACUCGCGGGCCGACGAGUGGGCCUCGAGCAUCGGCCGCCGCUUUGCCAAGGGCGUCAACGCCAAGAUGGCUUGA